AUGAUCGGAAAAGCUUCUGUGAAUGCUGAUAUGCUUCGAUUUCAAGCUGUUUUCGUGUUGAUUGUUGCUCUGUUUUUUCUCUGCACAAAUGCGAUAAGAUCGAUUCCUGAAUUAGAAACACCCAUCAAAGAGUAUGCUUCGGAUAUCGGAGUUUAUGGAAGUGACAACGUACAAUACCUUGAAGCACCUGAGUAUAGAAAUGGUGAUCAUUGUGGAGUGUUAGGUACAACCGCCACAGCGUAUGGACCUUUUGUUGUUCAUGUCGCCAUGACUCUCGAUUUUGAAUACUUGCGAGGUUCCAUAGCUGCUGUUCAUUCGAUUCUUAAGCAUACUUCAUGUCCUGAAAAUCUCUACUUCCACUUCAUUGCAUCCGAAUCAAAAACCCCCAAACCCGAUGACUUAUCCCGGAUCAUUAAAACGAUAUUUCCGUCUCUCGAUUUUAGGGUUUACAGCUUCGAUGAUCGCGUUGUUAAGAAUCUGAUUUCGUAUUCGGUUCGCGAAGCGCUUGAAGAUCCUUUGAAUUACGCUAGGACUUAUUUAGCUGAAAUACUCGAUUCGAGUGUGACCCGAGUGAUUUAUCUCGAUUCUGAUAUCAUCGUGGUUGACGAUAUACAGAAGCUUUGGUCGUUUUCAUUAGGAUCGACGGCAAUCGGAGCCCCGGUGUACUGUCACGCGAAUUUCACCAAGUAUUUCACCGAUCGGUUUUGGUCCGAUUCACGGUUGUCGAGAGUGUUCGACGGGAAGAAACCGUGUUACUUCAACACAGGUGUAAUGGUGAUGGAUUUGGCGAAGUGGAGACGAGAAGAUUACCGGAGUAGAAUUGAGAGAUGGAUGGAGAUUCAAAAGGAGGAGCGGAUCUACGAUUUGGGUUCGCUUCCGCCAUUUUUGUUGGUGUUUGGCGGCGACGUGGCGGCGAUUGAUCAUAGAUGGAACCAACAUGGGCUCGGUGGGAACAAUAGGGUUCAUAGUUGCAGGUCUUUGCAUCCAGGUCCGAUUAGUUUGUUGCAUUGGAGUGGGAAAGGGAAGCCGUGGGUGAGACUGGACGCCUGUGAGCCAUGUCCGGUCGAUGAGCUAUGGUCGCCGUAUGAUCUCUACAGACACUCUAAAGAACAACCGAGAUUAUGA